UAUUAAAGGACAUCUGCGGGUUUCUCCUUCUACACAGCAUUUCACAGUGUGACAGUGCCUGGGUGUGUGAGAGAGAGAAGAAGCAUGGAGAAGUCCGGGAAGAAAUUUACUGAUGUCUUAGACAAAGCAACAGUAGUUGCUAACUCAAUGCAUCGUGAUGAAYUGCUUUUUUCUUACAAGGGAAUUCCCUACCCUAUCACUUUUUGCAGUCCUGAAUCCUUCAAAGCCUUGGAGUCCUUUGAAGCCAGAAGUGAUGAUGUCAUUUUGGCAGGAUACCCUAAAUCUGGCACAAACUGGCUAAGUCAAAUCUUAACUGACCUGAUAGCUGUAUCUCAAAAGAAAACACCGGGUAGUGAAAGCAGUGCAAGUGAUGAAGAUCUUGAAGAAUUCCCCUAUCUCGAAGUUGGAGAUGUUGAGAAAUAUGAGCGAAUGACCAAAUUACCUUCUCCAAGAUUCAUGGUUACUCAUCUCCGWCCUGAAAAUCUUCCCAAGUCCAUCUUCAAAAACAAAGUCAAGAUAUUGUUACUGAUUCGUAAUCCAAAAGAUGUAGCUACAUCAUUUUACCAUUUUUCCAAUGGCCUGGCUACUCUUCCCUCCUAUGAGACCUGGGAUGAUUUCUUCACAGAUUUCAUGACAAAGAAAAUGGUCUGGGGAUGCUACUUCGAAUAUCUUUUGGAAUGGAACAAAUAYGCGGAUAAGGAAAAUAUUAUGACAAUAACUUAUGAAGAGCUAAAAGAGAAUCGUGCCCUGGGUGUGAAAAACAUCGCUGCUUUCUUUGGAAUUCCACUGACUGAGGAAGAGCUUCAGCUYGUGGUARACAGGAGCAGCUUCCAGUCUAUGAAGAAGAACUCAGACAAGACCCAUGGGGCAUUUGGCAAUGUUCUCUUUCGCAAAGGUGGUGUAAGUGACUGGAAGAAUCUUUUCACUGAAGAUCAGAAUGAGAAAAUGGACAAAGUAUUUGAAGAACGGAUAGCAGGCACUAAACUUGGAAAWAAGUUGAAGUAUGACUUGUACUGCAAAGCCUGAAGAGUAAUGAAACGUCCUUAGAGCAAGAGCUUUCCAAGGCAGAUUCAGAUCACCUGAAUGCCAUGUACUAGAAAAAUAAAUCAAAUGAUYCAAGCACCUUAGAAUUCAUGUAAUAAUCAUUGCAGCGAUCUUCAUAGCAACAAUGAKGAACGAUGGGCAUUUCUUCUACAAACGUUUGCUGAAGAACAUGUCAACUAACCAUAUGUACAACCAUAUUKACAAAAAACUCAACAGCGCUCUCCCAGUAGCUGUAACCUGGAGGGAAAUGCCCGUCUUCUUUCUAGCCAAAUGUUUCAAAUCAGGCAACAUCUUCACAGAAAAUAUCUCUAGCAAAAAUAUGGAUAUGAUGCAAUCCUGAUGAGAGCAGAUAUCGUCCAUGCAACCAGCAUAAAGUAAAUCAAAGCUAGAGGGAGGGAAAUAAAUGGGAAUAGGGAUCAGGAUUCUUAAGACUUUUCACCUCUCUGAAUGCAACAUACCAAGAUGGAUUUCAGAUUUUGGGCUGGUGUUAGCAGGCAAGAUUCACUCAGGAGYACUGCUUUUCAUAGGAUCAUAGAGUAGCCGAGAUUGGAAGAGACCUUGAAAAAUCAUCUGGUCCAACCUUUCAUGAGAAAGGCAGCCUAGAAGAGACUCUAUCUAGAUAUCAUAUUUUGAAAAUCUCCAGUGAUGAGGACUCUACCAUGCACCUUGGGUCAUUGUUCCAGAAAAUGCUUUUUCUUGCUGUAAGGAAUUUACUUCAUGUAUCAAGAUUAAACCUUGCCUGGCGCAACUUGAACUCAUUGCCUGUUUUCUUCUCCAUGUGGUGUCUAGUGAAUAGAGAGCCUCUAUCCUCUCUUUAGCUACCCUUUAAGUAGUGGAAACUGUGAGGAGGUUGUCCCUGAGCCUUCUCACCUUUGUGGUCCUCCCGUAGAACCCUUCUGGUUUGUCUGUGUGUUUCUUGAAAAUUAUUAUACUGAGACAGUGAGAUCGUCAAGAGUGAUUGUGUGAGACAUUGCUAUACCCAGCUCUAUUGCACUGCCAUUGGUAUUUACCUCUUACCUCUCUGAACAGCAUAUUUCAGACUUGUCCAGGGACCAGCAGCCACCUAUUCCAGAAAUAAAAGCAAAAUACGGUUCUUUAAUCAUAGUUAAAUUAUAAAAUGGAAAAUCCACACCCAAAUUAUAGAUUCAUCAUCUAAGCAGAUAAAGAUGUAAAAAUAACUGGAUAAAGAA